UGUCCGCUGACGUGCGUAUAGUGAACACACAAUAAUAAUUUUAAAAAAAUAUGAAUACACAAAAACGUGAUGYUGCUCGCGCAUCACACGAAACGGAUUCGUGACAUUGUUACACGCCGCAGUUUAUUUCGUCGCGAGAUAUUUUCAUUACUAUAUUAUUAUCGUAUAGACUAUAGAUAGGUAGAUAGGUAGGUAGGCAUAAUAGGGUAGUAGAUAAAUUCGUUUGCCGCUGMGCUAUAGGUAUCCGACCUCGCGACAUGAACAUACUUUUCCGGAAGAACUUCCAGGCGGAAGGCUCCUCCAAGGAGAGAAGCUAUUCCAGUGGCCUGGGUAGGAGGACGCCCAGCGGCAACACCAAUGCACUGGGRACCGUGCGGAGGACCAGGGAAUCCAGGUGUUCGAUGAUGAUCGACUCGGAUCAUACUUGUCCGUUUAGGACCCACAUACUCCUGGGUCAUGCAAACUUCCCACAGGAAUUUGAGGACUUCGUCGGGCCACCUUUGCUGGCACAACCGAAACCCACYUCGGCCGUCCCGCUCAUACGAUGGAUUCGGAGGAAACAGUCUACGGGGAAGGCCGAGACGAUCGUCACCAACACGCCACAGUUUACAAACGCCACGGGGACCAGUGCGAGCGCGACCUGCAGCUCGGUCAGCAACAAUCCAAUUGACAAGAAUUGCAGAGGUCGCCAUGGCUCGUAUUCUACACUGAAUAAUCCUACUGGCGCAAAUGGUCAUAGUACGCUCCAUGUCAGAAAAGUCGAUUCGGCAAGUAUUGCCAAUAUGGAUAAAGACUGUUUUAUCAUACCAAUCGCUUAUUUGGACCGAUUCCUACCCGACGGGGUCAACCUCCCUACGACGCCAAGUCCAAACAAAAACAACACUCUAAAUAUGGUCGAAGUAGACGACCCGAAAACUUGCCUCAUGUUUCAUAUGAUGACCACGUUGGAACCAAUCGAUCCUGUUUUAGAAUCUCCUUUGUCGGAUCCAAUGGCCAGACAAACAGCAGCUGCUUGUGCGCUGCUUACAGAAAUAGCUGGAACAAAAGUAGCUUCGGAGGGCAUGUUGCUGGCAAAUUUAGAAAAAGACGCCGUGUUCCCGUUCAUUACAUAUUACGUGCUGAAUAAGUCAUCGGUGUCCAAUCCUCGUGAAGUGGCSGUGAACGUUCGGAAUACAACUUUGAAAAAAUUCGACCCGCGAGUCAUCAAGCACACCACCGAUCAUACGUUCGACUUGUUCACUGAAGUGGCCAACAUUAUGUGCCCGCCGAUGAGCCAGUCGAAGAGGCCCAGAGGUACUCACACCGCUUACAUCAUAUCGGUGUACAAAGUAUUCGACGGCGACGACAGUGAAAAGUUCGAGAAACACUGGCUUUAUUGGACAGGCGCACGCAUGAUCUACAACUAUCUACCGAAAUCCGCCGGUUUGAGGAGGAUAACGUUACACAAGUCGCAAUCGAACGGAGACAAACAGUACGUGCUGAUGUGCGAGUGUGCCAAUUUGCUACAAGACUUCACGUCCGUCGCCAAGUUACUGCCAGCGCUCAAGGCUAGACUCUGUGGUUGCACUGGAGUGUACCGAUCAAUAUUCAUAAUUUAAUGUUUAAAUAUAAUAUGUACCUGUGAUGCCCAAAUAGGACCUACCUAUCAACCUAUGUGUAUAUUAUAYUAUUAUAUGUUAUUGACAAAUAUCGUCGCGUUAAUAACGCAAGCAUAAUCAUAAUAUUAUAGCUGAAAAGAUUUUUUAAUAAGUACUCCAAAAUGUAUACUAUAUGUAAUAU